AUGAGCUUCCUCCCGAAGGUGGUGACACUCUUCGGUUUAGCCCUGCUCGCCCAUGCAGGCUACUCCGCCCACGAACACAGCAUUCUUUUCAGUAACACGAGCAUCUCCGCUAUCACCACCCUCCCACACGAUAUCAUAAUUGAGACACUCUUUUCUGUACUUGUUGUCUCGAUCGGUCUCGUGCUUGGUGCUGAGAAAUUGAAGCCGAUUAGCUGGCGCGAUUGGGCGGGUGAAAUUGAGCGGGACGGUGGUGCAAGGAACCCGUAUAUGGCGUUGGAGGAGAGAUAUAACUUUUGGGAUAUUCGGGCUAAACGGAAGGAGUUUGCGGAUUGGAUGCGCGGGGAUGCCUUAGUUAAGGAGUGA